AGGCGCCACCGGCUCCAAGCCCAGAAGAGCCAGAAGCGGAGGCACAACUGCAGGCCCUCUCUGAGCUGGCGCUCAAGGCUGAGGCCGGUGACGCCGAGAAGGAUGAGUCCAAGAAGUCCCUUUUGCACGUGACGCCUGAGCAGGUGAAUGCCAUGCGGCGCCAGCUCCAAGAGUGGCUUCGGCAGGUGGCUACGUUUCACGAGGUGGAAUCCUUUUCGUUGAUGACGAGGUGGUUGGACUUCAACACCACUGACGAAGUCAAUGCGGGGUUGGACCACGCGCUUCGCAAAGACUCCGAGGCGCAGUGGGUCAUCUGCGCCUCCGAAAACGAAGUCUGCCAGUGCAACAGUGGCCAUGUGCGCUAUGGAACCUUUAACAAAGGAUGGGUGACCAAGAAGAACAAGGCG